AUGGGCCUAAUCAGCGGCGAGGCCGACUUCAAUGUUUGCUUGGGCAAAGUGCUCCUAGCACUUAGACGCAUGUACCUUCUCGUGACUAUCAACAUCUUGUGUCUCGUUACGGCGCCAACUGUUAUGGGGAAUCGCCUUAACGCUAAAUCCCCCCCCCGCAACUACGUAACAGGUGCCGAUGGGGAACCCAUACGUCAAUAA